CGCCGAGAAAAAAAGUGAAGUGUGUGUGCAAGGAGUGAUGUGGCUUAAUAGGCAGCGAGAAAAACUAUGGAAAAGAUUAAUUUUGCUUGUUUUGUACAUAUUUUAUGCUUAAUUUUAGUUCUAACAGUAUCUGGGGUGAGCUCCAAGUUAUGCGGAGAUCCAGAAUGUAAAACUCCAAUUGCCAAAGCGAGGGUGAUGCUUCAAUAUAUGGGUGGAGGUAAUGGCAAGCUGAAUCUGAGAAUAAAAGACGUUCUAGAUAUUCUGGCACGAGAUAUUGGCAAGAAUAAAGAGCUUCUCGUCAGGAAUAGCAAAGGAGAAAUAGGAUUAGCCAGCCCCACAUUUAUACGGGAAUCGAAAAUUCUAGUUAAUAAAGGAGCUCUGAUAAAUGUCGAGGAGAAAAUUGUGCCUUCAGAGACGGAGCGGCAACAGAUUGUGGACAACACAACGAUCCAACUGUCGCUUUUGGAAGAUCAGCAAAUCGAUGAGGAUGUUCCAGUACCCGUCACAGAAGCCACACCAGCUUUAGCGAAUGUUCCAUCUCACGAUACCGUGGUUCACGAGACUAUAAACACGGGAACUGAUCCGAGUAAUCAACAAGGUCAUUCUAGCAAUGAAAAGUUAAUCGAUAAUGAAGUGAGUGAAGCGACUACAGUUAAUGAGUCUACAACUACUUUAUUGAACACAGAAACUACACCCAGUGGAGAACAAAAUCAAUCUAUCGACGGGAGGCCAAAAGAAAAUACAGUACAAGAGAAAACUGGUCCUGCACUUGGCGUUCAAGCUGGAGAUGUGCCAACACCUGAUCCUAACAAAAACGAUGCAAUCCAUAUUGACAAUAUGUCUAAGCACGAAGCUUCUACAGAAACUCUUCCAGAACAUACUAACGUCACAGAACCUAUUACUGGUGGAGAUUCCGAGCCUACCAAUGAAAUUAUUCUAGAUGAAUCUGAACUUGAACAAUCUGCCGAAUCAGAUACGAUUGAUGACGAUGAUGAGGAAGCGAUCGACGAUGAAGAUGAGGAAUCGGAAUCCGAUGAUACCGAAGCAAGUGGAAUUGAGGAUAUGCAUGAAGUUCCUGAUCCGGAUUCUGUCGAUCCAUCAAGUGGACCCUCUGCGACUGAAAUGAAUGAUGAUCAUGGUAAAAUUGAAGAUGCCGCACACGAAUCGACUACCGAGAAAGUAAUGCUGGAAAGUAUUGAUGCCACCACAGAAGCCUCAAUUGAAACAACCGAGAAUUUGAGAACUGAAGAAACAUCAAAAUCAGAGGAAACGCAAACUGAUAAAAUUGUGUUCGAGCCUCAUUUGGAAAUUCUAUCCUCACAUGAAAUACCUUUAUCAACGAAUGAAAAAAGGGACGAGAUUAAUUUGGAAGCUCAGAAAAUACCCAAGACGGCCGCCACCACCACCAACGAACUGAGACCGGUAGUGGAAGAGCCUGAGGCGGUAACGGUGAAUCCUACCAUUGCUGCUGACGGAGUCAAACCAGAAACGCCGGAAACAGUGACGGAAAAUCCUAUCAUAGCUGAUGGAGUGAAACCAGAAACACCAGAAUCGAUAACGGAAAAUCCUACCAUUGCCACUGAUGGAGUCAAACCAGAAACUGAUCGGCCACAAGCGCCUUACAAAUUCAUACAGAGUGGAUUGGGCAGUUUGUUAGCUCACUCUCACCACCACCAUCAUCAUCAUCAUCAUAAUCAUGGACAUCACCACCACAACCAUCAACACGUGGACAGUAGUCAAGAGUUAACAAAUGAAUUGACCGAGGAAAAGUCUGUACCGUUCAUUGGACAAUACGGCCAGGAGGCACGUGAAGAUUCAGUGCACUCAAAGUUGCUGGACAAUAACGAACCUAGAAUAGGGCAGGAAAUGGAAGCUUCACAAGAUACAGUAACGCACGAGAACGGAUACUGCGAUCGACAACCCUGUCCGCAUCCGAAUCCUGCUCAAACGUCACCCCAACUGCAACAAUCCAAUGGUUUUCACCACCAAUCAACUCCUAGCACCAUACCUGCCGUCGACGCGAUGACAACCGAACCCCCGGCAGUUUCACCUCCAGCGCCACAACCGCAGCCGGAAGAGCAGCCUUUCGAGCACGACCAGGGUGAAGUGGAUUACGCCAAAAUGAUUAUCUCGGAAUUGUUCAAACUCAGUGAUUUGAUUCUACUCCUGGGAAUUACUUCUUUCACGCUGAUCGUCUUUUCUUUGGGUCAUUAUUUGAUCAACAAAAAUCGAAAGGAGAAGCCGUUGAUUUACAAGCUGAACAUGAUCGAGCGUGAUUUGAUGGCAUCACACAAGGAAAAUGCAAUGCUGAAGGCCGACCUUCUGGAUACGAAACACAAACUCAUAAGCAUCGAGAACAAUUCAUUCGGUUCCAACGACAUGGUAAUCGCUCUGCGCCAGGAACUAGAGGAUACCGAACAGACGAAGCUCGAGUUACAGGAACAGAUCGCUUCCCUGGAGAAGGAACUGGAGAACGCUGCCGAGGCUGGCCUAGAACUGAACAAAAUGGUUGCCGAGCUGCUGAACCAAAGUGGCAGUGAAUCGAUCGCACUCACCGUGGAUGAGCUACAGAGGCAACUGAACGAACAGCAGCAAACGAUACUGUCGAUGAAUACGACCCUGGCGGACAAGAGUCGCGAGAACAGUGAACUCCAGGUCACACUGGCCAAUCAGUCAGCCAAGUUUGGCCAAGAGAUGGACGAGAUGCAGCAGACGCUGAACGAUUUGAAGCUUGAGAAGAAUAAUCUAGAGAUUGAACUGAAUAAUUUCAGGAGUGGUCAAAAUUCGCAGCUGGACACGCUGCGGAAAGAGGCCAGCAGUGAAAUUGCAAAACUAAACAAAGAGGUAAAAUCGUUCCAGUUCAAGUGGGAGGAAAGCAAAAAACUGCUGGCAGCUGCCGAGGCAAAGAGUGAAGCCCUGGAGGAAUGCAUCAAAGAGAUCAAACGUGGCAACUCAAAUGGAACCGUUGAUGGGCUGAUUGAUUCUGCCGAACUCAAGGCACAAGUCGCAGUUUUGAUUAAAGAGAAGGCCAACUUGAAGGAACAGUUGCAGGGAGAAAUCGUCGCUCGACAACUGCUCGAUGAUCAUGUUAAGAUUAUAAACGAGGAAAUUUCUGCUUUGAAAAAAGAAUACAGCCAAUCAGAGAAAGAUAAACUAGAAGCUGAAACCCGUCUCGAAGUACUCUCGUCGUAUUUCAAAGACAAGGAAACGCAAUUACAAAAGGAACUGAGCAUUAAGGAAGCGAUGUGGAUGCAGCAACAGGGCGAAACCACGAGUACUGUCGAAAGGAUCCGGUUGAUGCAGGAUGAGAUUCAGCAGCUGAACUCUGUUCAUUCGCUCAUCGAGCGAUUUGAAGCACGAUCCCAGAAUGACAAAUUGCGUGCGGAAAUAGAAGCUCAAGCCGCGGCUCACAAAACUCAGUAUACUGCACUGGAAACACGCUCACAUGAUGCCUGGCUAGCAGCUCGACAAGCUGAGCGACGUCUUGAGGAAGCACGUAAUGAAUCUAGCUCAUUGCGACGCAAACUGACCGCGCUUGGAGACGUAUCAACCACUAACACAACGACUGAUGCUAUCAUACCGAAUACAGUCCCACAAGUGGACCUCAGCCUAGCGGCUCCCUCGCCCCUGCGGGUAGAAUCGCCAAACGCUCCUAUGAUGGUUCUUCCACCUCCACCCUUCCACAUGCCACCGCCUUUCGGGCCACCCUUCAUGCCCCCAUUUAUGCCUCCUCCUGGCCCUGGAGAGAUGCGACCAGCCCCUCUCGGCCGUCUCAUGUCCCCAUCACCAAUCCGGUACAGUCCAAGUCUCGUAGAUAGCCGGGAUCGAUACAGCCCGGACCGUGGCCGAUACUUACCGGACAGUCGCUAUGAUUAUUCUGUGAUGUCCAACUACGAAACGGAAACCGAUUUCAGUCCUCCCCCAUCGCCUCCACCGCACUCACGUCGUAACAAUUAUGACCGCGAGCAAGAGCGGGAUCGGGAACGGGACCGGGAUCGAGACCGAGAUCGCGAGCGGGAACGUGAUCGGGAUCGGGACCGAGAGCGAGAACGAGAUCGAGAUCUAGAUAUGCGUGAUCGAGAACGAGAUUUGAGGGAACGGGACGGUCGCACUAGUGGCAGUGGUGGCGUGGCGGAUCGCAGUGGAGGCACCGGUGGUGGAUAUCCGAAGGCGUUCUCCCCGCCCGUCAUGAGAACCACCUCCCCGCCCAUUCAGGACCCUAGGAAUAAAAAAUACCAAGCGGUGAAUCAAUUCAAAGAAGUGAAGCAUUUUUGGAACUCCUUGGAAAAGUAAAAUCGGCCACGUACUAAUUCACUAGCCUACCCAGGGUGGUUUCAGUUCCGGCUCUCAAGAUUCGGUCGCAACCAGGAAGAACGGUAAACAGUAUAAAAAAUAGUAAAUAAAUUUAGAACAUUAUAUAAAUUCAACUACAAAUUAUUGUAUGGCGUUCCGGUUGAUACACCGACCUUUGUGUAUAACGUCAAUGAUUGAAAGGAUAAUUAAGUAUUUCAGCAAUUCAGAACUACCAGUUUUGGUUUUAUAUUCGUUUGUGAAGCGCUGAAAACUUAUGAUUUGCUGUAAGUGAGCAUUUAUAGGAAAGUUCUCAGAAUUCGGUUAGGCCCCUGUACAAAAACAUGUACACACUGCAAUAGUUUAAAUAGUAGUGUUUUAUUUCAUUACCCGAAAGGUGACAACCAAUCUACAAUGAAUAUCUAUAAAGUGGUA